AUGAAGCUGCUACUCACGUUGUUGCUUGGGCUCGCUCGGGCCCAAGAAGAAACUACUUUUGAGCCCACGACCCGCGCUUUCACCGUCGACUGGGAUUUCGAAGAAGCAGCCACAGCCGUGCCAACGCAAGAUCCCGAAGAGGUGGCUAGGAUCAUCGCGAAAGAGCUCGAAGCAGAAAACGACAAUACGAAAGAUGGUCGAUCAGCCAACAAGGGCAAAAGAAACUUCCCCAGUCGAGGGCCUCCAAGUCGAGGACCUCCAGUUCGUGGACCGCCCGUUCGAGGUCCACCUCAGAGAGGCCCUCCAGCUGCCUUUGGCAGACGAUUUUCAACUGCGGUGCCAACAGAGCCGCCAACCGAACAACCGACUACAAUUCUACAGACAACAACUUUCACCGCAGAAAAGCCACAGGAAAUCAAAGAAGCUGGACAGUAUCAAGCAGAUGAGCGUCUACUGACCUCAAGUGGACUUGACCGUUCCGGACCUCGUCGACUUGGAGUCGGGGGUCGUCCGAUCUCGAUUCCUGGCCGUGAUUUCGGACCGAUGCCCGUUGAACCUAAGCCUGUCGAGUCUAAACCUGUUGAGUCUAAGCCCGUUGAGUCUAAGCCUGUGGAGUCCAAGCCGGUCAAGUCCAAGCCCGUUUCUACCAAACCUGUUCAGUCGAAUCGAGUAGUAGACAGAGGCUUGCAGUCUCCUAAUCAGCUCAUGGCUGAGAAACUCGGACUCACUCUCGGAGAAGAGCGACGAUGCUGGAUUUGCAAUAACGCCAGGUCAAUGAACGACUGUCUUUCCAACGGAACCUACAAUGUUUGCCGCAAUCACGAGUCGUGUCAAACCGAAACUCGUUGGGAAAAUGGACUGAUCAAGAUCAACUCACAAUGCAAGCAGCGAAAUGCUUGUACUGUUGCGACCAAGCAAACAAGCCAGUGUGACAAAAUGAAGGGUAAGUCUGGACGAACGUGCUGGCGAUGCUGCCACAAUGAUCUUUGCAACAUCAACGACAUUGAUCCAUCAACUUACUAA